ACGCUGGUUCCAAUAAUCAUCGAUCAUAACAAAUAAAAACACGUACUCCAAUUGGUAUAACUAAUUUUGUGGUAAAAAAUAUAUUUCCUACGCAGUUUUCUUGUUGUGAAUUGAAACUAGUAAAAAAUGGAUGACAACUCCGAUAAACCAAACGAAGCUAACCCUACUGCUUCAAUCGAUUCUCCUUCAAAUACGAAAACGCCGAAACAAAUAUAUUUCGAGUUAUUGCGCGCUUGGGUUCAUCAUGCUCAGAUGCAGCAGCAAAUUCAGGCAUAUUUUCCCUACUAUCUUAUGAACAACUAUCCUCAGUUGUUUCAGGCCAAUGGUACAGCAGAAGUAGCAACAGCUGGAACUAGUGGACCAGCAUCGCCAGGUAUUCUCCCUGGUCAACAAAUUCCUACCCCUGGAACGGGUGUUCAGCCAUCAACCGUAAACCUAAACCAAAGAAGAGCUGCCGAAAUUUUGGAUCCUGCACGACAGGAAGAAAUUAUCAAUCGCAACGGUGGUUACGAAUACAUCAUUGCACCCCUCUGGAAGCGGUUUAUUGCGGAAGCAAUUGACAUAGUAAUCAUUUUUCUGCUCAAAGUGAUGACAACGAUGGCAUGUAUUGACUUUUUCGACAUCGACUUAUUCGACAUUGACUUUGAUGCCAUUCGAAACUCAAUAGAAGAAGACUACACAGCAUUGUUAUCGUUCACAUCCGAGCUUAUUUUUCUGGAAAUUAUAACGAAAUUUGCUGUUUGUAUCUACGAAACAAUUUGGACAAUCCAUGGCCAAGGCCAGAUAGGUGGUGCGACACCCGGGAAAAUGUUGAUGGGUAUUCGCAUUAUACAUGUAGAUGCCGUUGUUCUGCUUGAUCCACCUCAGCCAGGAAGAGUUCGAAAUAAUAAUCAAAACCCUAUUAGAGCACUGCUGUUUCCGGCAGCUAAUCCAGGUUUCAAGCGUGCACUCUGUCGGUCAGUGGCCAAGAAUGCACUGAUUGCACUGUUCUUUCCAAUGUGUUUUCUGAUGUUCUUUUUCAAGCACAACCGAACAAUGUACGAUAUUAUGACGAAAACGAUCGUGGUAGAAGACAAUCCGGCACCGGUACUUCGCCGGCGCUAGAGUUUUUGUGGAAGGGUCUAAUUUACUGGAAUUCCUAUUUUGCUGUGUGUGGUUUAGAUUACUAAUCAAAUAGAAUUAUAAUACUAAUAGAAUAAAAAAAAAAGGUAAUUUAGCGUUUAGUUGAACGUACGUGCAACUAUAAAAAUGUAUGUUUUGCAAUAAACACUUAUAAAUCAGUGA